ACACACAGAGUAGUCCGAGAGCCAGUCAGCUCCAAUAACUGAGCUUCAAAGCUAGGGUAGAUGGGGGAGGAUAGCAGCCGAGCUUCAUGUUUGUUUUUAAAAACCGAGGCUAAGCCGCCACCUCUGCCAGUGAGCUUUGGUGAGCUAAAAAAAACACAGUCAGGAGGGAGAAGCUCAGAGAAGGGGAUGAACUCACCCGGAUAAGUCCACGUCUCCGUCAGAAAUAGAACGUCCAGUCCCAUGGUGAGGAAAAAGUCGUUUAAAAGAAAAGCCUUAUUUGACAGAGACCUGACGUUAAAUAAAGCCAUCCGAGUCCGAGGAGCUAGGUCAUCAGCGGUGGCACGUCGCAGGACGCUGAGGUUGUUAUAUUGGACACCACGACCGAGCGACGUUAUCCAGGACUGAACAGGGAGGCAAGCCACUGGGAGGGCAGGGUAGGUUUGAAGACCAGCAGGGCAGAUCCAACGAUGACUCAACAGUUUAGCCACAGGGCGGCUUCUGGGAUAGUGGAUGAAGCGUGAAAAUUCACGGCUUGCAGCAGGAUAGUCCGUAGCCAUGGCUUUAAGGUAAGCCUUGAAGCGGACGCGAACGCCACUCCUUUUACCCCGUUUCCUGAAGCGUUUCCUGCGCAGAGUGGGAAAAGGUAAGUAGGUCGCACUGGUGAGGGAAUCAGGCAUUAAGGGGAUUGCAUCGCCCAGGGUCCCACAAAGGUCCGGUCGUUGGGAAUAAGAAAAUCGAAGGUUCAGAAGCGUGUGUCUGUCAUAAGUAAUUAGCGUACAGUCACCUAGUGAACAUAAAACCAAGGAUAAAACAACAAGGAGUGCUACGCCAAGGCGCAGUCGAAGACGGCCUGCCAUGCACACCGGCGCCAUCUGAUUAAAGUGAUAAGAUUAAAGUGAUAAGAUCACAUCAGUGUUUUGACGUGGAUGGUAGUGAAAGCAGAAAAUGACAAAUGUAGUUCAGCAGCAGCGUUUAACACAUAAACUCAGUUUAGAAGUUAAAAACAGCAGUCUUCUCUGUGGUGCUGUGUUGGUCUCCUACAAAAACAGAGCUUUGAAUAACCCACACUGUGAAAAUAUUUCUGAACGGAGUCAGAAUAACACAUCUGAGGGAGACUGUUUGCUUUAAGCUGCUCUCACAUAAACACUGGACUCUCAUAGCUGUGUCACACCUGUUUAUGGACAAAGUCGUGUGAUCAUGUGAGUCAUGUGCUAACAUACUAUUUUAAUGUUUAACAGGUGUAUCGGGAAGGGGAGGGGAGGGAUAACCACUGAAACAGCUCACAUUCAGCUAUCACACCUUUUCUCCUCAUAGGGGUAAAAAAAGUUUUUACUGUCCCCCUUUCCUGAGGAAAAAAAGCCAAAUGCCAGCACACAUCUGAGAGCGCAUGUGGAGUGUGUAAUCUGAAGGGUUAAAUAAAUAAGCUGUUUUACUUUAUCAAUUGCGGGACGCAUUAAUGAAUCUUUUACAGUGACUUGCCUAAUUACGGGAUAGGGCUGAUACAAGUGCAGGUUGGUUUCCCUUAUAUACAUAACUUGUUAUUUUACUGGAAAGAAAUAUUUAUGUAAAUUUCAAAAUAUUCUUCUAACUUUUUUUCUACAUUCAGAAUGAUACUGGAUUUUUUUCAUGAAUGCUGUUAAAAAUUGACUUGUAUGGGCUUGAAAUGCACUUUGAUAAAUAACUCAACACAAAUAAUAACUGGCUGAUUACUUUACAUAAUUUCAGUUGAGGUGUGCAAAUGUGCUAGCAUUUUCUUUUAACAUUUCAUGAAACACGUACUUAUGCUUAUAGAAGGAUAGGCUCACACAUUUUUUGUGCAUGUCUCUUUGAGAGGUAUUUUGAUAUGUAUGUGUUAAAAUAGAAGUGAUCACACUUUUGUUUAAUCAUUUUUUUGAACUUCCAUGUCUGAGUCCAGGCUCUGCACAAAGAAGUCAUACCACUGACGACCAGUAACAUGAAGCUGGCCUUGUACCUGCCAGUAGUAAGCAUGACUUUUUCUUAAUUAAAAAAUCCAAUUUGACAUCUGCAAAUACUUUCAGUUGAUACAACUUUUUACAUUUGGACAUUAUGCUUGGAGGUUAUGCUCGAUUUCCACAGCAUGUGCUAGUUCUAGACAUGGCUCAUGGUAAUGAAUCAAUUUGUGGGCCAUAUUCAUAGAUAACUGCAAACUUUACAAAUGCAAAUGUCCCUCUUCAGUGAAUACCCACACACACUGUGUUGGUGACAGAUGACGGGUAUUAAGAGGAAGACAUGGAAAAAGUGGAGCAUUCUUAUGUAACUCUAGGCAUCAGAUUAGGGGUUCAGGCUGCUUGUAGGACAAUACGUUUCCUGUCUGCACUAGUGCAAAUUUAGAUCCGACAAGUGGUUUCUCCAUACUCGUGCCCAUUGUUUUCACUGGUGGCAUAUGUAGCGGGUCAGAGUCACUGUAUGCCUCUGCUACCUGAAGCACUGACAGGUAAGGAAGAGGGCUAAUCAUUCUUCUGAAGAAAGUGUUCCUUUGAAUAAAACAUAUCACAGCGUAUUAUAUUGACACGACAAUGUGUGAGGCAGAAAAAAAGCAAAAAGUAUCUGUGUUGACAAUAUUUACUCUAAUCCUUCUCUACAGACUUGGCCCUGUACAAGCUUAACUACCAGCAUCUUUGCAUGUGGACCUGGUUUUAUACCCUGUGAAGUUGAGAACUAUAGAUCCAGAGUAAAGGUUAGGUGCAAUGUAAUUUUUUUUUUUUUACAAAUACAUUAUAGUCAUACUUGAGGGCUGUCAAUAUAAUAAACGUAGCUCAGAGCUAGCUAUUACUGUAUGACAGGCAUUUAAAUUAACUAUCCAGUAAGAAACAUACACAUGUGCACCACUUUAAAACUUACAUCUGUCCGAGGUUUGUGCCAUUGCUGUUCUGAUUAAGUACAGGUGUAAACCGGAGGAACCACUGGCACACUGAGCUGGGAGAAGUGGGCUGUCUGGAACAGCAAAACAACUGCAUGGUUGCCAUGUGCAAGCCACACAGGAGCACCUGCACAUCAUCAUAAUUACAGGAACUGCAUUGUGGAGGACUACCUGGGGAUGGGUGAUUUUCAGUCAUUGGUGCAGGGUGGUGGCUUGAGGGUCAGUGCCAGGGAGGCUGGCAGGGCAGCUGAAAGCAAUUCAAUAAUUAUGCUCUCCCUCUUACGUGACACCAGGCGGAAGGAGGAACAGGUCGAGACAGCUGGAAAGCUGUCAGGAUAAGAAACUAAAUAAAUAAAAUACAAAAUUGUAAAUAAAAACAAUCACAAACACGCCAAGUGUCUUGGGGUCUUACUGUGAUCAAGCCAUAUUUUGCACAAACUGAACAACUUGAACUGCAAACUAUCAGAACACUUCAAGUCGAUCUCAGUCAGAUUACCAGUGCUGCCCUAUUUUUACACUAUGAGGCUUGUCGUGCUACUUCAUGGAUCUGAAGCGAAAAGCUGGUACAGUAAUCUCUCCAGUUACCCUGUCUGUUUGACACUAACAACAACAAACACAGAUUAAAGCAAUAAGUACAAAUAGAAAUUUAAACCUGUAUGAUCAAAUCUUACUCUUGAAAUUAUAUCAUUUUCCCCUUUACUUCUAUAACUUCUUUUACAUCUGUAUACUAUUAACACAGAAAACAUUACCUGCUUCCUGUAUUUACAUCAUCCAAUCAGCGAGCUGAACAUUCUCGGUUGUAUAAGAUUCAGAGGAGGGUGGGAGGAAUGAGAAACGCAGGACGGACUAGGAGGGAGGAGGUGAUCAUAUCCAGACUGAGAUUUGGACAUACUGGCUUGAAUGACACGUUAUUCUUGAUAGGGAAACAUAGUACUGGAAAAUGUGAUCACUGUGGGGUAGAGGAAACUGUAGAACAUGUCAUGUUGCAGUGUCAGAGGUAUCAGGUUGAGAGGAGGCAAUUGAUUCACAAUCUCAGUAACCUAAAAAUCAAACUGGAUCUUGUUGAUUUGUUGCAAAAGGAAUCGGGAAGCAAGAGUUAUCAGGCCUUAUUUCUGUUUUUAAAAGAGGGGAACCUGUUUGGCAGGAUUUGAGGGGUUUUUUUUUGGGUUUUUUUGAGCGUUGUUCCAGACCAUACUCCGUACCAGUUGGUGGCGGUAAUGCACCUUUCAGUUGUUUGCCAACCGCCAAUACAAAUGUAAGAAGAAGAAGAAGCUGAACAUUCUCAGGUGGUUUGGAGUAACGCGUUUAGGUUCGCUUAGAGUUCAUUUCGAUUUUUCUCCGUGUGAAAACCGCAGGAUAAAGCUAUAAGUUUACAAACUCGUCGGGUGAUUCGGACCAGAGUAAACGAACUACAUGUGUGAAAAUUCCCCGAGAGUGUGCCUCCGUACACCGAUGCAUCAUCAUCAGGAGGGGCGGGUUCCUUGGCAGCUGAGAUAACGCUAACAGCAAUCUCUCUAGGUGUUUCCUUCCUGCUCAAAGUUUCUUCUUCCUGGGGUUACUGUCUGAUGAUCGUGUCCGUGUGAAGGCGAAGGUAAAAAAAUGUGUGUUAGCUGAUGUGGAUGUGAAUUCAGCAGCAUGGAUCAGUGUGAGGACCUAGAGGAGGGAGUCCCUCCCUCUAAAAGAGACAGAGAGAGCCAGGACAAAGCUCAGAGGAACCAACCUGGACCUGAACCCAGCUGUUUUUCCUUCAAGAGUGACCAGUCGAUGCCUUUUUAUAUUGGGUUUAAAGAAGGCUGCUGUUCUCCUGCAGAGAGGGUGGACCAGCAGAGCUCAGAGGUUCCCAGUGAUCAGUCUGCCCAGCAGCAUCAAACACAGCUGGACUCCAUAUUUAUGCCUCUGGAGGAAAACAUCAUCACCUUUGUGAAGAACGAGCUGGGGAAGAUCCAGAAGGUUCUGAGUCCAGAUUAUACGGAAGCCUUAGAGAGUCAGAGGGAGGAUGAAGAUGAUGAGCAGAAGUCGAGCAGAAAGGCAUUUGUUGAGAUCACAAUGUACUUCCUGAGGAAAAUGAAACAUAAGAAGCUGGCUGAUCAUCUACAGAGCCGAACUUGCACUAGGGAUUACAAGUGGAGCCAGCAUGAAAUUAAAUCUAAUCUGCAGAAGAAGUUCCAGUGUGUGUUUGAGGGGAUCGCUAAAGCAGGAAACCCAACCCUUCUGAAUGAGAUCUACACAGAGCUCUACAUCACAGAGGGAGGGACUGCAGAGGUCAAUGAUGAACAUGAGGUCAGACAGAUUGAAACAGCAUCCAGGAAACCAGACAGACCAGAAACAACAGUCAGACAAGAGGACAUCUUUAAAGCCUCAUCUGGAAGAGUUGUACCAAUCAGAACAGUGCUGACAAAGGGUGUGGCUGGCAUUGGGAAAACAGUCUUAACACAGAAAUACACCCUCGACUGGGCUGAAGGCAAAACCAACCAGGACAUCCAGUUCAUAUUUCCAUUCACUUUCAGAGAGCUGAAUGUGCUGAAAGAGGAAAAGUUUAGCUUGGUGGAACUUGUUCAUCACUUCUUUACUGAAACCAAAGAAGCAGGAAUUUGGAGGUUUGAGGACUACCAGGUUGUGUUCAUCUUUGAUGGUUUGGAUGAGUGUCGACUUCCUUUGGACUUCAACAACACAGCAACCCUGACUGAUAUUACAGAGUACACUUCAGUAAAUGUUCUGCUUGCAAAUCUCAUCAGGGGGAACCUUUUUUCCUCUGCUCGCAUCUGGAUAACCACACGACCUGCAGCAGCCCAUCUCAUCCCUCCACAGUGUGUUGAUAUGGUGACAGAUGUCAGGGGGUUCACUGAUCAACAGAAGGAGGAGUACUUUAAGAAGAGAUUUAGAGAUAGGAAGCAGAGAAAAAGGAUCAUCUCCCACAUCAAGACAUCACGAAGUCUCCACAUCAUGUGCCACAUCCCAGUCUUCUGCUGGAUCACUGCUACAGUUCUGGAGGAUGUGCUGAAAACCGGAGAGGGAGGACGGUUGCCCAAGACCCUGACUGAGAUGUACAUCCACUUCCUGGUGGUUCAGGCCAAAGUGAAGAAGGUCAAGUAUGAUGGAGGAGCUGCGACAGAUCCACACUGGACUCCAGAGAGCAGGAAGAUGAUUGAUUCUCUGGGAAAACUGGCUUUUGAUCAGCUGCAGAAAGGAAACCUGAUCUUCUAUAAAUCAGACCUGACAGAGUGUGGCAUCGAUAUCAAAGCAGCCUCAGUGUACUCAGGAGUGUUCACACAAGUAUUUAAAGAGGAAAGAGGGCUGUAUCAAGACAAGGUGUUUUGCUUCAUUCAUUUAAGUGUUCAGGAGUUUCUGGCUGCUCUUCAUGUCCAUCUGACCUUCAUCAACUCUGGAGUAAAUCUGCUGGAAAAACAACAAACAACCUCCCAGAAGUCUGAAACAAGCGAGCCUACAUUCUUCUACCAGAGUGCUGUGGACAAGGCCUUACAGAGUCCAAAUGGACACCUGGACUUGUUCCUGCGCUUCCUCGUGGGUUUUUCACUCCAGACCAACCAAAGUCUCCUGCGAGGCCUGCUGAUACAGAAAGAAAACAGCUCACAGACCAAUCAGGAAACAGUUCAGUACAUCAAGAAGAUGAUCAAUGAGAAUCUGUCUGCAGAGAAAAGCAUCAAUCUGUUCCACUGUCUGAAUGAACUGAAUGAUAGUUCUCUAGUGGAGGAGAUCCAACAGUCCCUGAGUUCAGGACUUCUCUCCACAGAUGAGCUGUCUCCUGCUCAGUGGUCAGCUCUGGUCUUCAUCUUACUGUCAUCAGAAAAAGAUCUGGAUGAAUUUGAUUUAAAGAAAUUCUCAGCCUCUGAGGAGGCUCUUCUAAGGCUGCUGCCAGUGGUCAAAGCCUCCAACAAAGCUGUACUGAGUGGCUGUAACCUCUUGGAAAGAAGCUGUGAAGUUAUGUCCUCAGUUCUCAACUUCCACUCCUCUACUCUGAAAGAGCUGGACCUGAGUAACAAUGACCUACAGGAUUCAGGAAUGAAGCUUCUGUCUGCAGGACUGGAUAGUUCUCAAUGUACACUAGAAACCCUCAGUGUGUCAGGCUGUCUUAUCACAGAGGAAGGCUGUACUUCACUAGCUUCAGCUCUCAGCUCCAACCCCUCCCAUCUGAGAGAGCUCGACCUGAGCUACAACCAUCCAGGAGACUCAGGAAUGAAGCUGCUGUCGAGUGGGCUGAAGGAUCCACGCUGGAGACUGGACACUCUCAGGGUGGAGCCUGCUGGAGUCCAAUGGUUGACACCAGGUCUGAGGAAGUAUUCCUGUCAACUCACAAUCGACACAAACACAGUCAACAGAAAACUCCAACUGUCUGACAACUACAGGAAGGUGACAGGUGUGGACGAAGUUCAUUCAUAUCCGGAUCAUCCAGACAGAUUUGAUAUCCGCCCAGAGUUGCUGUGUAAAAAUGGUUUGACUGGUCGCUGUUACUGGGAGGUCGACUGGAGAGGAAACGUUCAUAUAUCAGUGAGCUACAGAGGAAUUGGAAGGAAAGGAGACAGUACAGAUUGUUUGUUUGGAUUUAAUGAUCAGUCCUGGAGUCUGAGGUGCUCUGAUGAUGGUCCUCGUCAUAUCUGGCAUAAUAACAAAUCAAAGUCCAUCUCCUCCUCCCCUUCCGUCUCUAACAGAGUAGCAGUGUAUGUGGACUGGCCUGCUGGCACUCUGUCCUACUACAUAGUCUCCUCUCACACUCUGAUCCACCUCCACACCUUCAACACCACAUUCACUGAACCUCUUUAUCCUGGUUUUUAUGUCUGGCCUGGUGCUUCAGUGUCUCUUUGCCAAGUUGAGUGUAAAGAGUGUCCUCCUGUUAGAGAAACACUCUGACUGUUGAACAGAUAUUUCAGUCUGUACAUGUCUCUCUUUUACUCAGAAACAUGUUUUCAGAUUCACGGAUUCAAUCAGUUGAUGUUUUAAACUCUUCUAAAUGAUUCCUUGUAAACUUUUUCCUCUUCAGUCCUUUAAAGAUGGAAGCUACGAUUAUUCCAGGAUCCACAUGUUGUUUUUCUGUCUUUAUCAACUCAAAGCUUUACAGUGAAUAUUAGUCUGUUUGUUUCUGAAGCUUAGUUUACAACCAGCUCCUCUGCAUUUUCAACAAGUCUGAGCUCAUGAAAAUGAAUCCAAAUGUUUGAUUUCUCUUUCUUAGUGUGAUUUUUUUUUUUUUUUUUUUUUUUUUUUUUGUAAUAAAACAUUGCAUCAAAAACGAUGAGGAAUUGAUGACAGACGGUUUUUUCCCAUAAAGGAAAGUUUCCCCUCUAAAGAGCCUUUUAAGCUACCUUCUGCCUUCUGGAGUACAGAUCACUGAGUUUACCAGGCGAUGUUUGAUGUAAUUCCUAUUUUUGCUGACUUCAUUAAUCUCUAUCAUAUGUUGCUGUUUGUAUUUGAAUCCAAGCUUUUUGAAAAUACCAGUUUAUGGUGGUCUCUAUUGCAGCAACAGCGGAACAGAGUGGUUUGAAGGGUACAGUCCCAGAUAUGAUUAAACAUUCCUGUAGUGGGUCUUACUUACUU